GAGCGGGAGCGAGCGGACGGUGAUUUCCGGCGUCGGGAGGCGGGUGGAAAGUUUCGCUGAGACAGCGGCGGCGGAGGCUCGGGAGCGGACCAUGGACAGUCAGGGCAGGAAGGUGGUGGUCUGCGAUAACGGCACUGGGUUUGUGAAGUGCGGCUAUGCUGGCUCCAAUUUUCCAGAGCACAUUUUUCCAGCGUUGGUGGGCCGUCCCAUUAUCCGAUCCACUGCCAAAGUUGGGAAUAUUGAGAUCAAGAAUAACAAAAAGAUGGAUCUGAUGGUGGGUGAUGAAGCCAGUGAAUUACGUUCUAUGUUAGAGGUUAACUAUCCUAUGGAAAACGGCAUUGUUCGAAACUGGGACGACAUGAAACAUCUGUGGGAUUACACUUUUGGCCCAGAGAAGUUAGAUGUCGAUUCCAAGAAUUGCAAGAUUCUUCUAACUGAACCACCAAUGAACCCCACAAAGAAUAGGGAAAAGAUAAUUGAGGUGAUGUUUGAAACCUACCAGUUUAGUGGAGUCUACAUUGCUAUUCAAGCUGUACUCACACUGUAUGCUCAAGGUUUGCUGACUGGUGUGGUUGUGGACUCAGGUGAUGGUGUGACACACAUCUGCCCCGUGUAUGAAGGGUUCUCACUGCCACACCUAACGCGGAGGCUCGAUAUUGCUGGCCGGGACAUCACCCGAUACCUCAUUAAGCUGCUUCUCCUGCGAGGUUAUGCCUUCAACCACUCUGCCGAUUUUGAAACAGUUCGUAUGAUGAAGGAGAAGCUAUGUUAUGUGGGUUACAACAUUGAACAGGAGCAGAAACUGGCGUUGGAAACUACAGUGUUGGUGGAGUCCUACACGCUUCCAGAUGGCCGUGUGAUAAAAGUUGGAGGAGAGCGGUUUGAAGCUGCUGAAGCCUUGUUUCAGCCUCAUCUCAUCAAUGUGGAAGGUGUCGGUGUGGCAGAGUUACUCUUCAGUACGAUUCAAGCAGCUGAUAUUGACACCAGGUCGGAGUUCUAUAAGCACAUUGUCCUCUCUGGUGGCUCAACAAUGUAUCCUGGAUUACCAUCACGCCUGGAGCGUGAGCUCAAACAGUUGUACCUCGAGCGUGUUCUCAAAGGGGAUGUUGAGAAACUUUCUAAAUUCAAGAUCCGUAUUGAAGAUCCGCCUCGGCGCAAACACAUGGUAUUUCUGGGAGGAGCUGUCCUCGCUGACAUCAUGAAGGAUAAAGAUAGUUUCUGGAUGACCCGACAGGAAUAUCAGGAGAAGGGCGUUCGAGUCUUGGAGAAACUUGGAGUGACUGUUCGAUAAAUUCAUGUGUUUGUUCCAACGGUUCUCAUUGCUUUUUGUUAUUUCUUGCUCCUCUUUAAAUCAUUUGACUAUUUGACCUGGAGAAGCUUCUGCCCUUUUGACUCCUGGGGUCAGCUUUUUUUUUUGUUUUUGUUCACUGGUACUGCUGGUUUCCUGGGAGAGCUUUUUUCCAUGUUUGUCAACUUCCCUGAAAUGUAAAAGCAUCUAACUUGACCAUUUCCUUACAAACAAAACAAGGGGCAGAGAUGGGGGGGGGUGCGGGGAAGGGAGGGAGGGGUGCAUUUAGGAAGGGUCAGUCUGCCAUGUUGUGCCAGUCCAGUCCAGCACUUGAAGAACCCCUUGUAGGUUGUAGCUGUAGUGUUGGACUGGUCACUGUCUGAAGAACACCAUCUGGUUUGACGCUCUGGCUGAGAGGGACCACCACACUCACCUAAGUGUUUGUUUUUAGAAAAAGCAGCUUUCAUGACCACUACAUUGCAGUGGUUUGUGCUGAGACUUGAUGAAUUUUAAUUUCGGUUCACUUUCUGGAAGUGGGGCCAGAGUACAAUGUCAGUGUCAUUUUCCUUGUUGUAAAACAAGCCUUCAUUGUCAAGUCCAGGGAUGGGCUGUGGUCAUGAAUAAUAAAAUUUGGGUUUGGAGAUUUUUCUGUUGUGGGGUGGUAAAUCCCAGCUAGCCUGAUUUAACUGUUGUUUCCUCUUUAAAACAGUGGUAUGCAGUGUUGCACAUCUCUGGUAAUUGGAAAGACAACAAAUGUGGCAAUGGAUGGGCAAAAAUCUUCAUUUGGGCGCAAGGUUACAGCAACAAAACCUUGUAGAACUAAAAGGGACUGGGUUCCCUACUAUUAGAUUUAAACCAUUUGUAGCUAUGUUCACUAAAAUUAAACCUAUAUAAUAUAAAUAUAUAUAAAAUAUGAGAAGCUAGAACUUAUAAAUUGAUAGAGGUGAUAUUUAAAUUGAUCAGGGCUCCACUUAUUCAUCAAGUGCUUCCUGUUUGAACUGAUGAAACAUUUAAGGCAAAGUUGCAGCAUGUACGGUUAAAGUGCCACAGAAGUCUUUAUAACCUGGAUCUUUUUAGAUAAUUGUGCAUAUGUUGUUUAAAUUGGUGUCGUUUAGUUGGGUAAGGUCGGAAACAUGAAGCUUCAGACAGAGAAUUGUAAAUUUAGGUAAGAUUGAGGAUAUUUAGCCCAUCGCUUUUCUGUUACUAACCCACUGACCUGAACUAUCUGCUGCACUUUACCUGUAGCUUUGAAUAUUUGGUUUCUCUUGUCGUUUACCCAACUCCCUCUUGAAUAUGAUCACCUUGGCUUCAAUAGCUCCCUAUAAAAAUGCAUUCCAUGUUCUGGUAACUUGAUUGGGUGGGGGGGGGGAGAUGCGGGCGGGCGGGAGAGAGAUGCUUUGCACCAUUGCAAUUCCUUUAGAACGAUCUGAACAGUGUAAAUUUGGUGCCAAACUUCUCUUAAACUAUUAUCUGCCAAAUUUUAAUUCUAAACCUUGCAGUUUAGAACUGUAUCCAACCUGUUGAAAAGCCCAGUGUGCCUGUCUAUGUGGGAAGUUGGCUGAAUUGCAUACAAAGUGUUUGGAUGUUUGUAAGUGAGCUCAAAGCCAUUCAGAGUCCCCUUCAACUUGUUUUAAAGAGAUGUUAUCUGCUGACGUGGCAGCUUUAAAUGGCUGAAUUAGCAAGGUCCAUACCUACAUAACAUUUUUCAAUUAUCUUUGAUCUUUAAUAAAGUUUAAUUAUGAGUUACCCUCAUUAUCCUCGCUUGAACCAGCACUGUGUUUAAAAAAUGAGUAAACUGGUGAGUGUUGUUUGAACUUUGGUUUUUAAUGGUUGCUCUGUUUCCUAAAAAUGUAUUGUGCAACUUUCAGAACCAAAAGUUGAGCAAGCAAUUUGUGCAAAUGAUUGCUAUUAAAAAAAUGUACAAAAUUGGCCACAAA